AUGUUGUCGUUGUUUGGAUCCCCGUUAUUGUUUGGAUCCGCCAACGUAGGAUAUAUUCUAGGAAAAAAUUUGGUAGUUUGUCUCCUCGGAGGGUUACUUGCGUAUGCAGUUGGACAAUAUUUCGCCGAACUAUCAUCUUUCGCCCAAGAGAAGGAGAUACUACUGAAGGAGUUAGAGGAAGCCUACCUGAUGAACCUAAGGCUCCUCGACGAAAUUGAGACCAUUAGUGAUAAUGAAGAACUGCUAGCGGAAAGGAACGAAGAUCUGGACAAGGAUUUAGCAGAGGAACAGUUUCGCGUCGAUGAGCUUCUCAACAUUGUUGAUGAAGAUCAGACGAGGCUGAACAAAGCCGAGAAUGAUAUCGAGGAGUUGAUUUCUGAGAACCUGUUCAUAAGGAAGGAGAAUGAAAAAUUUCAAGAUGUGAUCGUCCAGCGAAGUAAUGAGGUUGACAACUUAGAGGAACAGCUGAAACUCAAAGGCACAGAAUGUGCAAGGAAAGGAGAAGUUCUUCGUGAACUGAAGAAUGAAAUAAUCGAGAAUGAGGUAUAUUGCGAUGUUCUCGAAGAGAAGGUAAAUAAUCACGAAGAGGAAGCAGAGAGAAUGAAGCAGCUUGUUUCAAACCUCAAGGAAAGCCUGAAAGAAUUUCAAGAUCAAAUAAAUGUUCUUCGUGCCAGAAACUGUGAUCUUCAGAGCAGGCUGGAAAGAGAGACGCACGAGAAUUUAGGUCUGGAGAGGAAGGUGCAAAUACUUGAAGAUGGAAAUCAACACCUUCAAAAGGAUCUGGCCCUUAAGCAAUCGCAGAUUGUCUCCUCGAUGGAAGCGCUUCACGAUGAAAGGAGGAAAAAUGAGAUCCUGGAAGAAGAGCUACUAGUGAUGAAAAAGAGGAUCGCCGAAUUAGCAAGAGAAAAGGAAAAAAUAAACGAUUCACUCGUGGAAAAAGAAUGCGACAUUAGGUCAGUAGUUGAAGAUAAUGAAAAAGAGCGAGAGAAGAAUCGCCUUCUGGUUGAAGAACUCCAAGCACUAAGAAACUGGAUCGCUGAGUUAGCAGGAGAGGCAGAAGAAAAUGAGGAAAUAGAAAGAUAUUCUCAAGAGGAAAAGGAAGAAGAACGCGAUUCAGAUAAAGUUAAUGAAGUGGAGUUGGAGGUCACCCAGGACAGUGAAGGAUAUUCUCAGGAAGCAAACGAAGUAGGAGAGUUAGAAAGGGAGAACGUAAAUCAGGAGGACAUAGAAGUUACAGAGGACAAUAAAGAGGACGGAGAAGAGAUGGAAGAAUGUCCUCAAACUAAUAACGAAGAAAACAAUAAAGUGGACACGAAAAAGACCCGCAACAAGAAGAGGAGAAACAAGAAGAGGAGAAAGCCUGCUGGAGAAGAGGACAGCAGCAGGUUGUGCGUGGUCCAGUCUAUGGUCCUUGAAACGCACAAUGAAAACUUGCACAGUAUCAUGUUACCUGCUGAAUUCCAGGAGCUCCUCCAGAAAAAUAAAAAUGGUCUCGACUUCAUUAAAUAUAAGAACAAAGUCGUGCUCAACUUCAUGCACCACGACAAGGCGCAUGUACGAGCUGUACUUAGCAGAUGUUCCAGAUCUACUGCUGAGGAAGUUCUCGUCGAUCUCCAGAAAUUGCUUCUGAGGAUUCUAAAAUAG